AGUUGCUGUCGCCAUGGUCAGAGUCUCUGCCACUGCCGUCUGGAACAGCCGGACCCUCCGCCUCGCCUCCCACGCCAUGCUGUCAGAGAAGACCUUCAAGCAGCGCCGCACCUUUGAACAAAGAGUAGAUGUCCGACUUAUCCGAGAGCAGCAUCCUACGAAAAUCCCAGUGAUCACAGAACGAUACAAGGGUGAGAAGCAACUUCCUGUACUGGACAAAACCAAGUUCCUUGUACCUGAUCACGUCAACAUGAGUGAGCUCAUCAAGAUCAUUAGGAGGCGCUUACAGCUCAACGCUAAUCAGGAGUUCUUCCUGUUAGUCAAUGGACACAGCAUGGUGAGUGUGUCCACUCUGAUUUCUGAAGUGUAUGAACGUGAGAAGGACGAAGAUGGGUUCCUGCAUAUGGUAUAUGCCUCUCAGGAGACAUUUGGAAUCAAAGUGUCUGUGUAAGACUAGAAAAAUGUAUCUGUUCUAGAAUUUUUUUAAGCCCUUACCAAGGAAAAAAACCGGACAUAACCAACUGAGAUUGAUCCAUUCAUCCAAUCACAGACCAUCAAAAUCAGUAGUGUUCCUGCCUAAGAGUUGUAGGAAGUUGUUUUGUGCUGCAAGCAGAAAAAUGGAUCUCCACGUGAGCACACUCAGCUUUGGAAAAACCAUUAUUUAACCUAGGCUGUUUUGUUUUCAAAUUUAGAAGUUUAAAAAUAAAAUACUUUGCAUUCUAAGU